CUCCUCGUUGGGUUUAGCCGAAUUUCCUCUGUUCUUUUAUAGUGAAAACCGAAAAGUCGAAGACGAAACCCGGCAAUUUGUUGCAGAACAAUAAUCUUCGGAGGAAGGAUUUUCGUUCCGCAUAUGGGUACUAGGGAAGUAUACGAAGAGAAGCUGAGGAGGGGCAAUCUCUACCAUGAACCCACCAUGAAUCCAGGGCUUGGAUCGCCUCGCUGCCCUCGCUGUUUCUCUCUUCUUAAUUCCGACCCUGAUAAAAGUGAAUGGGCCAUCAAUCCUGUUCUCCACGAUGCCACUGCAGUGGCUGGAUCGGGUCUUGGUGGGAUGCUUAGUGCAGUUCAUGCAUUUAAUACGGGGAUCCCACGCCUCCAAAGUCAUGUGAAGGGGCCAAAGUGGCUUCCUUUUGUUAUUGGGGUGCCUGUUUUAUUAUUGUGUUCUGGUGCUGGUGCUGCAUUUGGAGGGUUUGCUCUUCCAAAAUUCGCUCAACUCACAGUAACAUCCUACUAUGCCACCUCGAGUGCUUCCCAUUAUGGAGUUUCACUUCUCACUCGAAAAAUCGAAGAGAAUCAUACCUCUCGAACUAAGCAAGAAAGUACUCAAUGAUUUUUACAGGUCACAUAAUUUCAAGCAAGGAAUCUUCUUCUUUCCUUUUCUUUUGUUUUUUUCCCUUUUGGAAAUUUUGCAAGAUUGUCUAUGGCAAUAGAUUUAUAGAGUCUGAUUCGUGCUUUCCUGUGAACACAACUUACAAUAUAUCAUAUAUGUAAAUUGCAGAGUAUCCAUUUAGCUAUACAUAAUGUGCGAAUAAAAAAUUACCUGGUCCAUAAUUUCUUAUGGUUGUGCAGACUUCCAACCACGAAGGACUUUUAAGAAUUUUGUAUAACAUUAUUGUUGAUGAUAAUGGAAAUUUUCAGUAGUAAUGUGGUAUGUUAUAGUUUAUUCAAGGCAUUUCUUCCCUCAUUGAUGUUGAUCCAAAACAAACAAUUUCCUUGUUAGUUUUAAGGAUUUACAUUGAAACAAGCAAGACUAACUUAUACUAACUGAAUUACAUUACAAUAAAUUGUUUCUUAUUUUUUUCAGAAAAAAAGGUUGUUAUUACUUCUGAUUUAGGACUUUUGCUGAGGUGGGUUAUUCAAUUAUAUCAAGAAUUAGAACAUGGGACUGUUGAGAUUCAAGAUAGAGAUUUAAGAUUGUAAUUUUAGAAUUUAGCUGUUGAUAUACCGUUUGAACUGCCAGUCUAGAUGGUGUUAUAAUUGUUGUUAAACUUGGAACAUGAUUGAAGCUAGCUGACCCUCUUUUAGAAGUGAAUUACAUUAUGUUUCCAAGAGGGAAUCCAGUGGCUCAAGUUUCAAACUAAUCUGCUCUUUCAUGUGUAUUGUGAGGGAAGGGCCUGGCUUGGCUGGCUGUCUCCUUUUCAGCAGUCGAGGUACCUUAAAAUUCACAAAGUGCACAGGAUGUCACACAGUUGUCAUUCGGAAAUUAGCAUAUCUUGUCUUGUGUCCUUACAGACAGUUUUCCACUUCACUUUUGGUACAUUUUUUUCACUGAUUGAGCUGUGGGGGGCACCAAUUGUCGCAGGAAAAAAAGGGAGAGGGGAGGGCUAUGCUUUUGAGUACAGCCAGAUGUGGCAGUGACUCAKAUUGGAUUCAAUUAGUUUCUUGACUUUGCUUUCUGUAUUUGCAGGCUCAUUUGAAUCUUGUCUUUGGCAAUAACUACGAGGUUUUUUAUAUUUGUAGGACAAUACUAUGUUCCUAAUUCCAUUAUUUUGUUAAAGAUCCUUUGGUUGUCUACAAGUAUUUUUGCGUGUUGGAGCAUUUUAUUACUGAGUUUCAACAGGCAGGUUCGGUUUGAUAUUCUAACCAUAAUCACGAACCACUCGUGAAGAGUCUACUUGCAUGAAAUGAUAAUAUCUACUAAUACAAUUCGUUCUACAGGGUCUGGAGUGAAAUUUUGUAAAGUAGAAGGAUCACUCAGAGGUGAUGUUUGCAAAGAAUUACCAAAUUGAACAAACUUCCACACAUACAUCAAACAUAAAGAAAAAGGAAAGUUGUGAGCAGUACUUUUGCCAUUUUGUUUUCUCUGAUUUUCUUUCAGGACUUGUGCGACCAUGAGAGAUAGAAUCUGUACCGUUGCCUUUCAGAGAGAGAGUAUUGACUGGCUGUAAAGCAAAGAGUGACAUAAUUUCUUGUGUGUACUUCUCUUCUUAGUCUUUCGUUCUAUGACACGUAUAAUUAAUCAAUUGAAUGUUAUUAAAGCUCGUAAUUGGUAGGUC